AUGUGUUCACAACUACAGCGUCACCUACCCAACAAAAUGGUCAGAACAAAAGGAAUUUUACUUGUCACUACAUUUUUGUGUUUUCUUGGCGUUAUUUCGGCUACUUGCCCAAGUUCGACCUACUCGGACUUGAAACACACACUUCAGUCACCAGGUUUUAAUAGUACGGGAAAAUACCCUCCGAACCAGAAUUGUACCUAUAAUAUUCGUGUUUCUGCUGGAAAAAGAAUAAUUCUUGCCUUUGACUUUGAAGUAUUUGAUAUUUGGGGAAGCAUGCCAAAUUGUUCUCAGGAUUCUCUGGAAAUAAUUGUCGGGUAAGUAUAAUAUCCAGAUGCCAUUAUUGUCGUGUAAACAUGUUUUGGUCAGCUUUGCACGUACGCGGCAUAUAUUACGUGCAUGUUAUCUCAAAGCGGAAUAUACUGUAUAAGCUUAAAACCAAUAGUCGCUUCUAUUAGUGACUUGGUUCAGGAAUUUGAAAGAAAAGUAGUCACUUUCGAAUUUUAAAAUGUGGUGCUCGUUCCUUCAAGUUAUUUUAGCUUAUACCUUUCUAUAUUUCUCAGUGACAGACGCGAACCCGUAAGUUUUCAUUCAGUCACUUUGAUCAGAAAGGUGUUUAGCAUUGUUCAACUUUCUCACGUCAUUCCUAAGAUUAACUGGGUGAUGGUCUAUUCUUUUCUCAAACUUCUCAGAUGAGACAUGAAAGGUUGUUAAUAUCAACGAUGUAGAUUAUCAGGAUUUUUUGUGUGAUAAUCAACCAUGCGCUAUUGAUGAUUAAUGCUUUAUUAAGGCUGGUUUUCACUAGCGACGGAGUGGGAGUCGGAGUCAUAAUCAGAAGCAUAGAGCUUAUGAUCUAGUGAAAACAGCGUUCCGAUUCCACUUACGACUUCAUCGCGUAUGUUCCACUUAUGAUCUAGUGAAAACCAGAUUGUCGGAGUCGGAAGCAGAAACAGAAGAACCUAACCAAUCACAAAGAGUGGGAACGUGCAUUCUGAUUGGCUUAUCCUUCCACUUCUGCUUCCAACUCCGACAAUCUUGUUUUCACUAGAUCAUAAGCGGAACGUAAGCGAUGGAGUCGUAAGCGGAGUCGUAAGAAAAGGGGAACAUUCUGAUUCUUCUGACUCCAAUUCCGUCGCGCUUACGACUCUGCUUACGACUCCGACUUUUGAUUUUCACUAGGUCAUAAGCCCUCUUACAACUCCGCUUACAACUCCGACUCUGUCACUAGUGAAAACCAUCCUUUAUAGACAAUAUUAUUUGAUGAGAUUUGAGCCGAGCAAAGGCUGAGGCUGAUAACACUUACUGAGACCUUGAUUACCUGCAUUCAAACUCCACUUUACGGAUACUCGCUUAAUAUGGACACCUCAUUAUUACGGACAGUUUGCUUUGUCCCUGGGAAAAGAAAACCAUUACAUUUUCUCUAAAUUCAACCCGCUUAAUAUGGACACCCCGUUAAUAUGGACACUUUUUUCGGUUCCCUCAGUGUCCUUAUUAACAGGGUUUGACUGUAUUUAGGAUAUCGAAUCUAAUAAUUGUUUUAUUAUUCAUUGUUUUGAAGAAAAUGAUGACAAACAAACUGUCACAAGGAAAGUGAAUUGAUAUUGUUAUUACAAAUCAUUCAUAAUUGCAUGUGCAACUGACAAAUUAGUCGGUUACCUGCUAGCAGAUAACUCACUAAUCUGCAUUACUAAUUCUGAGUUACAACUGACAAGUCUUUCUAAAAUAAAAUCAGAAAACUUAAGACCUAUCUAGUCAGUAAAGAACUAUUAUUUCAACAAUCUGCAUUUUUAUCAGGUAUCAUUUUUAAGAUGUGUUAUCUCUCAAUUUUUAAAUCAACAUAAUUAUUAGAGCUAUACCUUUUUAUCUCUUAGGGCUAAGAGGAAAAGGAAAUUAAAAAAAUUAAUAAUUAUUGGGAAUCAACCUAGGUUAAAUCAAAAUUAACCUGAAAUUAAAAUUUACCUUUAACAUUUUAUUAUUAUUUUCCUUUUAAUUGUGAGUUUAUACCUGUAAAAUAGGUUUUUAGCUAAGUGUUAAUUCUGUUAAUAAAAUAUUUUGCUGGGACAUGUAUAUAUAGUAAAGCCCUGUCAGGGUAUAAUUCCAUCAAGCAAAAUGUCAGCAUUGAAACUGCAGUGACAUACUUGUACACUGUAAGACUCGAUGAGAUGGGGAAAAACAACAUUAAGAUGGGUUGAAUACCAACAAGGGACAUGGCCUUCUCCUCAAAAGGCAAAGCAGCCAGAUUUAGAAUUCAGUCUGCAGUGGCGAAUCCAGGGGAGGGGCCCGGGGGGCGCAGCACCCCCCCUUAUUUUUGGACCAACUGAGGCCCAAAGGGCAAAAAAAAAAAUUUCAAGACCCCCCCCCCCCCCCCCCCCCCCCCCCCCACCCUUAUCUGAAGGUCUGGAUGCUCCAGUGGUCUGUAUGGAAAAAUGUACGUAUCCCUUCCUUGGAUGGACGUGCCUCUAUAUUUAACUUUCAUUAUGCUCUUAAAUAUAAUGGUUGCGUGACAAACUGUGUCGUGCUUAAGUUUCCUUUUGGGUACUCAGCUAUUAUAAUCAUAUAAUACAGAAUUUACAACUUAAACUCCUACCAACUUUGUUGGCAACGGAGGUUUUUCACAAAAAAGCUCUUAAGGUUAUAAACUGUAACUCCCUCACAAUUUCUUUUAACACUGUACUUUACUGCAGAAUAAUUUGUAAGCCCGGAUAAAACUAUGCCAGAUUUUUAUUAACUAAUAAAAAUAGUUAGCACAAAAUUUCCAACCCUCUCCCUUCACAAGAAAAUCUCCUCAAAUGCACAAACAUGUCAGACAUAUUGCUGCCCCUCCCCACUACUGUGCUCGAUGACCUUGACAGUGACUGGGUAAAUGAAUUUUUCCAUUUCAAUUUCAGAUGUGGGGGUGAUCGAACAUCACUUGGCAAAUUCUGUUCAUGUUCAAAUCUUUCAAUGCCAGACAAGAUCUAUACCUAUGACAACUGUCUGACUCUUGUGUUCAUAUCUGAUGGCUCCCAGGAGGGACGGGGCUUUCAAGCAAAUUACACUACGACAGAUAACAAUGUAGCAAGACUGGAUCCCAAUAACAAUUGUAGGUAUGUACAACUCACUUAGCUUGCCCAAUGUUUAUUGCACUAUUAUUAAAAGGAGUUGCUGUGUUUAUUUACUCUUAGGAGGCAUAAUAUUGUACUUGUAUUAAUCACCCAGUUGGAGGUGAGACUACAGUAAAAACCCGCAUAUAAGAACCUAGGUUUUUCCAAGUUAGCCUAAACAGGUUCUUAUAUAAAUGGUAUUUAGUGUAAAAUUAGGCUAACUAAGUUCUUAAUUAGGUUCUUAACUUUUGUUGAAGAAAUAAAGCUGAAUUUUUAAAUAAUCUGGUGUUUAAUGUCCAAAAACAGUAUUCUUGGAGGCUUCGUUAAGCAAAAUACUAUACUAUUUUAAUCUGAUUCUGUUACAGUCAAACCUAUGGUAAAGUUUUAUGUGACCAUGCUAUAGUGUUUAGAGUAUUACUGCAUACAGACUGUGUUAUAUAUAUAUAUAUAUAUAUUUUUUUUUUUUUGAGAAAAUAAGAACCUGUUUUAGGAUUUUAGCCUAAAAUGGUUCUUAUGUGAAGGGUGUUUAAAAAUGAAAUUUUAGCCUAACAGGUUCUUAAAUGUGAGGUUCUUAUACGCGGGUUUUUACUGUAGUGGAUUAACCUUUAAGGGUUAAAGAAAAAAAAACCUCUUAGACUUCGCUAGUUUAGACAAAGGAAAUUGAGAAUCAACCUCAGUUAAAAACUGAAUUCCAUUUUGACCUGUGACAUCUAUUUUGUAAAACUGUCAGUUGAAAUGUAAAGAGGACUUGGUGUGUUUUAAAUUGUUAAUUUGCUGUAUUACUUUUGUGGUAAUUAUUUUAAUGUGUGAUAUUCAUCAAACAAAUUAAUGUUGUAUAUGUUAUGUAACAGAGACUACAACAGGGGAAUGAUAGAGUCUUGUAAGCGUGUUUUAUCUUUUGAGUCUGUGGAUAAAAUCCUGAGGUGUGACCAUAGGCCCACCUGGGAAAACAUUUGUUAUUUCUUGCAGGUUUUUAUUCAUUUUUAUUUCAUUGAGAAAUUGUCUCUGGGUUGUACUCAUACACCUUUGAAAGUAAAACGUGUCCUUCUCUUUUACAGUAGCAGUGAUCUUGUGACCCCCUCUCAUGGAACUAUCUUUAGCCCCUCCUGGCCACUCGAGUACCCCACACAAGCGGAAUGUCGGUGGCAGUUCAGUCCUCCAUCGGGAAAGAUUGUUCGUCUCUUUUUCACAAGCGGUGUUUAUCAAAAAAACCCUUUAUGUAGAGAUCAUUCAAGGCCCAUUACAGAGGAUGACCAAGUUGUCCUAUCCUAUGGUACAGUUAUUUAGCUAUCUUUGCCACAUAAAUAGUUUAAAUUGAUUUUUUGAUGCUCUGUUUAUUAAAAUAUAGACUGGUUUUAUAUUUUUAAUACUAUGAAGUCCCCAGGUAAUAAUCACAUGUAUCACAUCAUCAUAAUAAUUUUGAGCCUUCUUGGGCUAUGUCAUACCACACACUUCUGUCCAACAUGCAGGCUCUUAAUAAAUUAUUCUUCCUAGGAGCCUGCAGUGUUCCUUAUGAAGGAGUCAAUUUAAGUUAACAUUUGUCCUCCACAUGAAUCCUGGACUUGCUGCCUCAUGCUGUGUAGAUCCAUUUGGAGUCUUCAUCUGUCCAGUCUUGCUUUCUAAUAAUAAUAAUAAUAUAAUAGACCUGAUAUUGUAGUGUUGGAAAAGGAGGGAAGCUAGGGUGCAGUGCUUCAUUGUCAGUGUAGCUUGCCCUUUUGAUACACGGGUAGCAGAAAAAGAAACAGAGAAGAUCUACCACUUUAAGGACUACAAAGUGGAAGUGCAAAUUAAGAUCUGGAACUGCAGAGGCUGUGUAUCUGUCAUCCCUAUUGUAAUAGGAGCUUUUGGAACAAUGAGUAAACACCUAUACUGUAAGGAUGUUGAUCAGUAAGUUGGGAACACCUGGGUCCCUUGCAUUACUCCAGAAAGCUUGUUUCUUGGGAAUAGAGAAGAUCCUAAGAAUGACCCCAGACAACUAAGGCUCAAAGGAGAUCGCUUGAUCCUUUGGGGAAUAAGGCCAGGUAUAGGUGUGAGACAUACACAUAAUAUUUAUAGUAAUGAUGCAGGUAAUGAUAAUAAAUAUUGACUAUUUAUCCAAGAUAACCCCAUCAGUAUAAAGUAGCCACUGUUAUCAAUUGGGUUCUGCUGGAGCAUGACUAAGAAUCAGAAACUAAUUAAGGAAUAAGAAUUACCAAAGUAUAUAAAAUAAAAUAUAUAUUAAAAAAGCAAACAUACACUAAGUUAAAAACUGUUUAAAACUGCAACAGAAUUAUUGUUUCUUAAACUUACAGGCACCUAAAAAUAAAAAACUACACCAUGCAAAAUAAUCCAGUUUGACCUUUGGCAGUUUUGCUGUUUUCCCAUUAUUUGUAGUGUUUAAAGCAUUAUGAUAUAAUUGUUGAAAAUAAUUUUUCAAUGGAAAACAUGCUGUUCCAUUAAGGCAGUCAAAUACAAAACAGCAUGUUCUCAAUUAACUUCCGUUACUGUUAAAAAUCGAAGAUCUCACUUUUGGACUGCAUAGUUUGCGGGACUGUGGCUAUCCACGACUAUAAUAGCUGCAGUAUGUAAAUAUUGACAUAAUACUUGGAAGGAGAGGGUCCAGGCUUCGCAUCUAUUUAUUCCACUGUCGCUACAAAUAAACUUAGUUUGUUUAUAAAAGCUUGUCGGAUGUCACUAUUUUGGCUCAUCCUUGGUAAAGAUGAAAAGCUAACAAGUACUGCAAAAGAAAGAAAACAACAGAGAACCUAAGGAAAAUGAAAGAUUUAAAACAAACAAAAAUUUCACAGGAGAUUACACCAACGUAAAUCUACAAUUUCACUGUUGUUAGUUGCUGGGGGGGGGGGGGGUACAAUGACAGCUGAACAUGUUUACUCAUUAAGGCCCCGUAAAAAUAUAUUGAUAUUGACUGAGAAUGAACCCAGCUCUGUUAUCUUGUUAAGUGGAACAUGUCUGUGACAAAUGGGAAGUCAGUAAGUAAACAAGCAUAGGAACAUUAUUGAUUGAUUGUUGUAGUUUUUGUUGGCAACUCUUGUGGUACUGUUCUUUGAAUUUUCCUUUAAUUCUACUAUAAAUUUAUUAGUUGUUAGCACACAGACAACUGUGUGUAAACUGGUGAUAACCUGUCAAUCACACUGUAAGCAGAGAUGCAGGUCUCCACUUCUACCCAGGUUUCUAAUGGUAUUUUCUCAUAUUUAUUCUCCUAUUCAUCUAAAGGUACAAACACUACAGCCUUUGAGUACAAGUACAGAAUUUGUUUUCUGCCAGACAAUUUUUUUGUCAUUGAGAAUGUGACGGCCAUUCAUUUGCUCUUUUCUUCUAAUGAUGAUCCUAGUGAUAAAGGCACUGGUUUUAUGGCUGGUUAUGCCACAUAUGUUGAAGGUACCAUUAGUAGUGAUUACCAUUAUAAUAUUAUAGCUGCCAUAAAGUAACAUACACAUGUAGGCAGGCAGGAUUCUGAUGUACUCGAUGGUGCAAUUUUGCACAAUUUAUUGACCUUUAACGACCUCAAAACGCAUCUGAUCAAACAAUUUAGGAAAAUCACAUACAAAAUAAUGUAAUUUGUUUAAAAAACAAUUCGACUGUUGGUUAAGUAUAUGAACUCAGAAAUUGAUAACAUACAAGUUUUCCCUUCCUUUUUGUAUUUAGGUAAAGUGGAUCCUGAUGCUGGAGGGUAAGAAAGCUUUUAACAUGUGCUAGGAAUUUUGAGAAUUUAUAUAUAUUAAAGUUUGAGAUGGAAUUCUGCUUUUUCCCUCCACAUGGAAGGUAUUUGUUAUUUAGGUUACAAAUAAUCAUUACCUCUCCCUGCAAGUAGCCAGCCAUGCCAGCUGCUCAAAUAUGACAAUUUACAUAGGCUGGAAAAGGAAUAAUAUAUAAUGCGUAAUAAUAGUAAGGGGAGUAGAAAAUAUCAGUCUGUCAGCAUUUUAAUAUAAGAUGUACAACCUCUCUCACAAUGCAUUAACUUCCCUGUUUGUAUGCAGUCUGACCACGUUGUUAUAAUGACCAGUUAGUUGUUAAAAUGACUGAAAAUCUUUUUCUUGAAAACCACUGGAGUUAAUAUUACCAGAUUCCCAUGGCCUUUGGAUGAGCAGAAUGACAAGGUUUCAUUGCAGAAGAACAAUGGGAAAUGCUUAUAAUUAUGCAGAAGUUGCAAAAACCAGACUUAAGAUAUUUUCCAGAAUCACCUGGUCUCUCCAAUUUGUCAUACUGUCUAGUGUUGGAUCCUUAAAUUUUAUGUGGUAACAUGUUAAUAAAUAUAAUGUUACCAUUAUACGUAUGCUAUUCUUUAUGUUUCCAUAGCAACCGACUGUUGACAGGCAUUCAUUGCAACACUGGGAAUUUCCCUUUAAUCUGUUGUUUGUCUAGAUUUCCAGAUUAAAUUAUUACCUUUUAACAUUACUUAGCAUAAUGUUAUUUAUUCAUGUUGUCUUUCAUGAAUUUUUUGGUGUACUCUAGGUAGUCUUGCUACAACCAUUAACACCUAAAACACCCUAUUUUACAAUGUUUAACAAAACCUUCAGCCAGUUAGAAGUUAAGCUACAUUUUGUAUCAUCUCGACGUUUUAGAACAAAUGUAGUUUUCAAGGUGGUGCAGAUCUAGAGCAACUUCAUUAAAAUCGUGUUUUGCACGAACACAUGAACACCGAUCCUUCACAAAGCGAAUUAGGUCACAUAGGUAAAAAUUUGUACUCGUGUUAGUGACGGUAAAUCUUUACCACUGAUUCUUGGAAUCGGUCAAGAAUUUUGGCCAUGAUACUUACAGUUGUUAGGCCAUUGUGCUACAAGAAUCACGUAGUGCAUGACAAGCGAUUCACAUCUCAAGAGAGGAUGGUAACUUACUUUUGAGCGGUACUGUAUAUUUUCCAGUGUUAAACCUUGAUUUAUUCAUUUGGUGCAUCACCUGCAGAAGAUGAUAAUUGGCCAGUAACAGAAAGAUUCAAGUAUUUUUAUUCGGUGGUAAAUUUGAAGGAUAACCAGUUCUUAACUGUAUUUACCGACCCCUUGUUUCCACUGACCAGAAUGAAAUUUUAUAAUAAUGUGAGGCUGCUGUGUUACUGGGGGCAUAAUGCCAGCAUAAUUAAUAUCUGGUUUGUUCAGUUUUUGUACCACCUCCUCCUUAAUAAAUUAUAUUAUCAUUUUUGAUUUGCAGCUGUUGGAGGCCUCCUACUGAAGGCACAACAAGUACAACCACUAAAGCUUCUACAAAUCCUACUGGAACUGAGAAAAAACUCUCUGGUGAGCCAUCACUUUCAUACAAAAGAAAAAUAUUAGAUAAUUGUAUCCAAGUUUUCAGUGUCUUUACAUAAUUUAUUGCAUGUUGUAUAUUAAAGUUGUUGUUGAUAUAUAGGUUUUCGAUUUUAUUUAAUUUGUGUGUGUUUGUUUUUCCUGUUGGUGUGAUUUGUUAUAAAAUAGCUUAACAUAACAGGACACUCAGGACUACAUUUACAUGGGUAUAUCAUACACCCUACAUCAUACAUGUGUACAGCUGGAACUAACAUAUAGAUUUAGCCAGGGCUAAAAGCAAAGCUCUCGAUAAUAUUUAUAGUUUGUUCAAACAAAAAUAAUAUAAAAUCUUGUAAUGGUAAGCAGCGAAGGCAAUGCUGGAGAAUGGUGAAAAACAACAAUAGAUCUAAUUAGCAAAAGAAGCAACUUUGCCUGGCAGCACACUUUUUUUGGUACAUCUCUUUGCCGUUGUUUUGCAUGACUACAACUUGAAACUUCCAGAAACUUCUUAGUUGCACGUUUUAUGGAGGAAAUGUCGUAUGUGUUCUUGUUCCUUUUUUUUUUCACAGCCGCUCAUUUUCACCAUGCAUUGGUGGCCUUCUCAUUUUGCUACCACCGCUACAAAAUUUUCAUGUUGCUCUUCCAACCAAAAAAUGCCUAUUUUGUUUUUUGUCUCUCGCUCUAGAUCUCUGUCGCCCUUUUUCUCAUUGAGCUUCGCUGGCCUGCUGCCUACUUUCUCCUUUUCUCUGUCUUUCUCCUGCUUUAUAUUCCAAAUUUGUGGACAUGACAAUUAAUCUAAGCUAAAUACUUUAGACAACACGGAUACAGAAACGCUUUCCACUUUCCGUUUUCGUCUUUAUUGACUCUUUUGUUGUCUCUGCUCUACAAGACGCCAGUGGCUAUGCGAUUUCCCGCCAAAAUAACCUCGGGUUGCCUUUGGGUUGCCAUACCUGUUGAUUGAGUUAUUUAACAUUGGUAUGCCUGUGGUGCAGACAGAAGGUCACUCGGGCAGUCACUCUAUGGUCACGUGAUUAUCAAAUUUUCUCGGAUGGGUAGAUUACUUCAUUUUCUUACCCAUGGUGCUCCGCUGGUGCGCUUCACGCGCGAGAGCUCUGCUAUAAAGGAAAAACUCUCUUGUGAAUCAUCACUUUCAUACAAUAGGAAAAUAAUUAGAUUUUUCAUCCAAGUUUUCAGUUUCUUUAGAUUAUUACGUGUUGUACUAGAAAUAGUUCUCACAAAAAUCUGCCCCCACCUCUUGAAGAUAUUCCGAGGGAGUGGUGCGCUUCUCGCGCGAGAGCUCUGCUAUAAAGGAAAAACUCUCUUGUGAAUCAUCACUUUCAUACAAUAGGAAAAUAAUUAGAAUUUUUAAUCCAAGUUUUCAGUUUCUUUAGAUUAUUACGUGUUGUACUAGAAAUAGUUCUCACAAAAAUCUGCCCCCACCUCUUGAAGAUAUUCCGAGGGAUUUCUGGGGGCUCCGAGCAAGAUUGGUGAGUUUUUAAAAACCGGUAGCUGCUCUGUUGAGCAAGCUGUCAGUUAUUUUACUGUUAACAGUCUCCCAAAAACUAUUAAUCCAUUCGCCUGAAUGCUUUUUACAUAGCUUACGUUGUCAUCGGCUCGUGAAUAAACUUCUGGUUAUUUAGCUGUUGCUGUGUUACACAAUAAUUAUAUUGUGGUAUUCACCGUAAUGUCAGUGAAUUAAUUGUGUACAUGUAGUAACAUCGUUGGGUUCUAGGAAAGACAAGUGAAGAAAGCCCACUCAGGGCCUCGGUGUUUAGUUUGAAUCUAACUGGUUCUUGAGCAGAUGGCAUCAUUUGUGUCAUGUAAGGUAUAGCCUCCAUGUUUCUCAGUGCCUUACUGUUAAUCAUUAACUAAGAAAGACCUUUACAAGGUAAAAAUGAGAUGAUUAGACACUGUAUUAACAUGAAUAAAAGGUUUUUUUUUUCUCUUGAUGGCAGGAACAAUCAUUUUUCGCAUAACAGUAUAGAGUAACAGCAUUUUUGACAGAUAUAGUCUUUCCAGGGGGUGCCAAACCAAGUUGGAAAUUCCAGGGGGGUGGGGGUCUAAAGCAAAAAUGCCCUCCGUGGCAAUUAUGGAUAUUUUCUGGAACUUCAUGUACUCAAUUCACCGACAUUUGACAUUUUAAGUGCUUUUGAGUUAUUCAUUUUUUACUUUAAGAAAAGUUUUCGCCACCGUCUCUGUUGUGGUUGCCCUAGUGAAAGUAAAGCUUAGCAACCUAGCUGAUACUAAACCUGACCAAAACUGGAUACUACUUUGCAUGCCUAGUUUUGAUCAAAUCUGAAACGCUUCCCAUACUACAAACAUACUCUUAAUACAAACUGUUUUCAGCGUCUACGGCACCUACUCCAGAACGUAAUGGAAAACUCUCUGGUGAGCCAAAAGAUAUUCACAUUUCAGUUUAUCUACUUUUGUUAUUGAGUGUUGUACAAGUUAAUGUUGAUAUGUAGGUUUUCUUCUGGUUAUUUAGCUGUUGCUGUGUUACACAAUAAUUAUAUUGUGGUAUUCACCAUAAUGUCAGUGAAUUAAUUGUGUACAUGUAGUAACGUCGAUGGGUUCUAGGAAAGACAAGUGAAGAAAGCCCACUCAGGGCCUCGGUGUUUAGUUUGAAUCUAACUGGUUCUUGAACAGAUGGCAUCAUUUGUGUCAUGUAAGGUAUAGCCUCCAUGUUUCUCAGUGCCUUACUGUUAAUCAUUAACUAAGAAAGACCUUUACAAGGUAAAUUGAGAUGAUUAGACACUGUAUUAACAUGAAUAAAAGAUUUUUUUUCUCUUGAUGGCAGGAACAAUCAUUUUUCGCAUAACAGUAUAGAGUAACAACAUUUUUGACAGAUAUAGUCUUUCCAGGGGGUGCCAAACCAAGUUGAAAAUUCCAGGGGGUGGGGGGUCUAAAGCAAAAAUGCCCUCUGUGGCAAGUAUGGAUAUUUUCUGGAACUACAUGUACUCAUUAUUCACCUACAUUUGACAUUUUAAGUGCUUUUGAGUUAUUCAUUUUUCACUUUAAGAAAAGUUUUCGCCACCGUCUCUGUUGUGGUUGCCCAAGUGAAAGCAAAGCUUAGCAACCUAGCUGAUACUAAACCUGACCAAAACUGGAUACUACUUUGCAUGCCUAGUUUUGAUCAAAUCUGAAACGCUUCCCAUACUACAAACAUACUCUUAAUACAAACUGUUUUCAGCGUCUACGGCACCUACUCCAGAACGUAA